AGCGGUAUGCAUACCGCCGCGUUUCUGCUGCAAAUAAGCACUUUAUAACGGAUCGAAACGACGGCUAAACCUUUUCGUGAAGCCUUCCGCUGUUUUAAAAGUCGAAACGAUUCAUGAAAGAAAGAUUAACGGUGUAAAACGUGAGACAGUGCGCGAAACGGUGGGUGUGCACGCAAAAGAGAACGGCUUGCCGGCUCGGCCAGUCUACUGGAAGAUUCCAUUGUGAGUGGGCUUUCAAAAAGUUUUAUCUCCAAAAAUCCAGUGUUUUCGUGCGUUUCAUCGUUCGCCUAUAGAUGAAAGUUGAAUGUCAGACGUCCAAUGGAUUAACGUCGCGACGUGGCGGUGAACACAGGAGAGACGAAGGGCAGUCCCGUUCCAAUUUCGAAUUUCGAAGACGUUUCAGCGUUCCAGGAAUCGUUCGUAACGAUCUUUAUUGCACACGGUGUUAAUCGCUCAAGAGGCCGAGCGCGAGCAAGGAUAAAAACGGGAAAUCCGAGGGAAACUACUCGACUACACGAGUCACCCUUGUAUCAUAAGCAGAUUAGAUUAGAUUAAAUUAAAUAGCGAACGCUUGUCGUCAGAAUCACGACGAACGAACUUGUAUAUCGUGCAUACGUGGUGUAAUACGGCCAUAAAGAGAGAGAGAGAGAGAAUUUUUAUAUAUAUAUAAUAAAAAAUAAUAUAUAUAUAUAUACAUACACACAUACGAGUAGAAUCAAGAAGGGAAAGUAUAAGACGAGAUGUACAGAGAUCCGAACAGUUCCUCGGGAAGCGGCACCUCCACAAAGGACGACGAGGUCGAGAUCGUUAGCAGAUUUUUAGCGCCUUUGUGCGCGAGGGAUGAAGCUGCCAGAAACAUCGCCUUGGCGGCGGCCAGGAACACGGUCGAGGGAUGGCUCGGAGGGGUUGGUAGUCCGAAUCAUUCGGACGACACCGGUGAGAUGGAGGAUUCGGAGAACCUGGGUGGCAAGUUCAAGAGCCAGGAUGGAAGAUACGACAUGAGCGUGGAGCGAUCACCGACCAAGUCGGCACCGAAGAACGUCCAGCCACCUAUCCAGCAGCCUCUGCUUCAAGACACGUUCAGGACGGAGGGUUUCUUUCCCCAGAGCGUCACCGAGAAUCCCGCAUUCCUCGAAGAUACCAGCCUCGACUGUUCCGAGAGAUAUCCAUCGGGCUCGUUCGAUUGCGUGGACGGCCGCGUUGGAAACGAAACGGGGUACGGCACGCCGAACGAGAGGAGAAGAUACGUGGCCGACGUGGAGAGUUACAGGUCGGGCCACUCGACCUCGUCCGACGAGGGCAAAGGUUUCAAGAUCGAUUCUCAGGACAGGUGUCUAAGGUUUAAGGACACGUCGGAGGCGGCGAGAUUCGGGUCGAGCAGCGAGAGCGAGAGGAAAUACCUCGGCUCGUCCUCGAGCGAGAGAUUGAACGAGGCGUGUCUGGAGGAUAGGCCAAGAGCGAAGAACUACGUGAAGGUGAAAGGAGCUAAGCAGAAGCAGCUCGAGGAUGACGAGCUCGACUCCGAUAUAAGGAUCUACGGGAAGAGCCCGAAAUUCGACGAGAACUUGGGCGCGAACUUCGACCGCAGGAAUUUGAACUUCCGCCCGAAGGGUGACAUCCUGCCGCGGGAACGCCCCUGUUACGACAGCGUGGACGAUGUCUCUUUCGACGAGACCGAGAUGACGAUCAGGAACCGGGACGGGGUCGUGUUCAACACUCUGGACGGUUUCGAGAACGAGAACGCGAACGAGAUAUAUCACAGACAGGACGACAAUCGUGCCGAGGACACGAAGUUGAAGAACUUCGAGAUCUAUCAGGACGAGGCGUUGUUGGACGACGGCCGGAUCCGUUGCACUCGUGCCGAGUUGCCGCAGGAUUAUUUGCGGAAAAACGAGGAACGGAAGUUCAGCGCUGGACAGAUCAAGAGACCCCUCUCCCAGGACGAAGAUGUCUCUUCGAAGAGUGGCAGGGUGUUGGAGAGUCCUGACGUCACGCCCGGAGACGUCGGUAGGAUGCUUAAUCUGGGCAAUGCUCUGGAUGGGCCGAGGCAAGCACAGGCGAAUAAGUAUUUGAGCCUGGUGACGCUGCAUCUACCGGUGAUAUUGAGGCUUAGCGUGAACUGCCCCUUCCAGAAUGUUAGGAUCAAGUGCGCGGAGAUUCUGGAGAUGGUUAAGGAUAGAGGACUUCCAGUACCAGUGCCAGCUUUCGAUGGACCUAGUGCCUUCGUCCCUACGUCCGAGUUGCCAGAUUUGAACAAUCUUGAUGAAAAGACUCAUAUCCUGUUGAUGGAUGCGUUCCUCCAGAACAACAGGCUGGAUCAUGUCUCCAGGGUGAUGGCCUCGCAUCCCUCGUACUUGGAGCAUUUUCUCCGCACCCAACAUUUCAUCCUGAGGGGUGACGGACCACUUCCUUACGACUACAGGCAUCUCAUCGCCAUUAUGGCUGCUGGUAGACAUCAAUGCAGCUAUUUAAUAAACCUGCAGAAAGGAGAGUUCAUCCUCCAAGGCGGUGAUCCAUCUUGGCUUCGUGGUUUGAAGUCGAUCCCGGGAAAGCUACAAGAUCUCUAUGAGAUUAACAAGAUUUUAGCUCAUAGGCCGUGGUUGCUGAACAAAACGCACAUAGAGAAACUGACCAAAGGCGCGGACAGUUGGUCCUUGGCCGAGGUCGUUCACGCGAUAGUUCUUCUGGCCCACUUCCACUCCCUUUCGUCUUUCGUCUUUUCCUGCGGUAUUAACGAAGAGCUGGACAACGUAGCCGGUCACCAUUACAAAGAGAACGUCCAGGAUAAUAGCAAUAACGUACCAACUGCCAAAGACAAACUUUCCAGUAGCCCCAAGAAGAUCCCGAAUGGCGACGGCAAGACUGGUAAGUCGGUCACGUUUUAAAUUCACCUUAAUCCC